GUGGGAAUGAGGGACGGGGAUUAUCUCGCUGCCUUUUUACACGUCUUACUGCCAGUGGCCUUUGAGUUCCAACCCCACCUGGUUCUGGUGGCCGCCGGGUUCGACUCUGUGCUCGGGGACCCCAAGGGCGAGAUGGCUGCGUCGGCCGCGUGCUUCGCGCACCUGACUCAUCUGCUCAUGGCCCUGGCGGGAGGCAAGGUGCUGCUGUCUUUGGAGGGUGGCUACAAUCUGACCUCCCUGGGCGAGGGGGUCUGUGCGGCCCUGAGGACCCUCCUGGGGGACCCCUGUCCCCAGCUGGAGCCGCCUGUUGCCCCCUGUCGCAG